AUGGAUACAAAGUAUUUGGAGCCCGGGUUUGACCCUAGCAGCUUGAAAGUUGCACAAUUAAGGCGAAUUUUGACGGAAAAUGGUGUUGAAUUCCAACCACAGGCUAAGAAGAAUACACUGCUGGGGCUAUUUAACGAGCAUGUUAAGCCCAAGAUACCUAAACUGAGAAGGAGAUAUGAAAACUUAUUGCCCAGUGAUAAGGGAAUUGUAACGGUUGGGACUGUCAACAAAAAGAAGAAGAAGAAGAAGAAUAAGCUGGAAAGUAACCCGUCCGGCUCAGAGAACUACGAGGCCGAUAUUAACGCUAGUAAAAGUGACACUCUUGAUCCAAGUGCGCAUUUGAAGGAAAGCACGCCGUUUAGCGAUGUUAAUGAGUUUCAGCAAAGUAGUGGAUUUAAUCGGAAAGCUAGGAAACGUAAAGUAACUGAGGAAUCCAAUGUUAAGGAUGCAGACGGAGAUUUGGAGAUGGACAUGAAAGUGGAAGAAACUGAUAAGAAGAGGAGACGUAAGAUUGGUGAGGGUGAUCAUACCCCCAUCACUGAUAAAGUUGCUCGUAAGACAACAAAGAAAUCACCUCAUAGGUCUUUGACAAUUGACAAGUUUGAGAGUUCGUCUUCGUCGGAUUCUUCGUUCAAUGAAUCGUCCAUCUUGAACGUAUCCCGUCGCGAUCAGUCGGGUCACUUGUCUAUGGAAGUUGCAUCUCCUAAGAACGAUUUUAGCUAUGGUAAGAGAACUUUGGCACCGGAUUUGACAAAAUUAAAGGUUUCACCAGCUUUUGAAGAGGAGCUAAAAAUGGCAUACAAGGAAAGUUCUGUACCAGUUCUUGCCCGCUCCGAUUCGCAGUCGGGACAGGAUAAAGAAUACGCAUCGGGCCCAGCAGAUGUGUCAUUGGAAAAAAACGAGUCUUCGAUAUCUGUAACACCAGUGCGCAGCGAACCUGCGUCUGAGGAGGAGGUGGUGCUAUCAGAAGCCACUGUUUCUAAGGAAGAGGUUGCGCCAAGGGAAAGUUCCACGGACGAAUUGGAACAAAAAAAUUACACACCUGAGCUGAUCACAGAGCAAGACGUUCAAGAAAGCGAUGAUCGUGUUAAACAUAUGCAGGAAGUUAUUGACGAUAUAAAUGAGAAGGCGCAGGAGACCCCACGGAGAACAUAUUCCAAAGUCUCUUCCUUCUUCAAGUCGCUUGCAACAACUUUACAGGCGUUAUCCAUAUUUUUCCUAGUGAUGACGCCUAUUAUUUAUGGUCUCUGGUACCGUGAGCAAAGAGUUCUUGUUGGUUAUUGUGGACAUGAGAUUGAAUCGAGCCCGUCACUUGACUUUGAAUCGCCAGUGUUAGCUGAAUUUGGAGAUCUUUUAGAAGCACAAAAACCAAGAUGUUUGCCCUGUCCUGAUCACGCUAUUUGCUACCCAUACAUGAAGAUGAAGUGCGGACCGGAGUAUACUUUACAACCAAAUAGAUGGAGCUUACAUGGUUUGAUUCCACUGAGUGAUGCAUGUGUUAAGGACAGCAGGAGAGAAAAGUUGAUCGGUGAGGUAGUCAAGAAAUCAUUAGAGUUCUUGAGAACCAAGAACGCUCAACAUUCAUGUGGAGAAGGGAAAGAUGAUCUCAAAAGCGGGAUGACCGAGGAGGAACUUUACCAAAUAUUUUACGAAUCUCGUGCGCCAUGGAUUAACGAUGAAGAAUUUGAUGAACUAUGGGCUCAGGCUGUUGCUGAUUUGAUUCAAGAGCCCGAAAUUACCUGGAGGCAAGUGAGUAACAUUUUCUUUGAGAGCAAUUCAAUAUCGAGAGCACUUUUUACUAACGACUUUAAUCAAUAUGUGCAGUUAUCAAACGGUAAAUUUGAAGUCCCUGAUAGCCCCAGUGACGACGCUGAGACCGAUGGUCUUCAAAGGGCGGAAGGACAUCUUUCACAAGCAAACGGAUACGAAAAGAACAGGGUUUUUCGCUCGACAUCCAAGAAGUACAUCGGCCUCAGGUGUAGAUUUGAAAGAGAAAUAAGCAAUACAUAUCACAGGUUUUCUCAUUUCAUUUGGACAGUGAUCACAAUUAGCAUUCUGAUCAAACUAAUCUCAUACAAGAUCAGAAAUUAUUACAAACAAAGGGAGGCAGUGGAUCACAUUAGCAAGAAAGUUAUAAUAAGAUUAAAGGCAACUAAGAAACAACAGCAAGGAGCCAACUUCUUGAGCACAGUCCAACUUAGAGAUGUAUUAUUGGCUGAUAUCACCGAUCUCAAGCGUAAAAAUUCGAUGUGGCAGAGAGUUGUGAGGAAACUCGAGAACAAUAACACCAAUGUCAAGUCCAGCUUGAUGGAGAUCCAUGGUGAAAUAAUGAAGUGCUGGGAGUGGGUGGGGCCAGUGGAAAGUGAGCCCAAUAAUGAGGAGAGAGAGCAUGGCCGACAGCAAGAAUAG